UUUAAACUUCACUGCUCUGAGUCAGAAGCCAGAAUGGAUGUUCUACUUAUAGUCAUAGCUGCUGUGUCGCUCAUCUUGGGACAAGAAUAUGAAGAAGACGACAUAUAUGAAGAACUAUAUGAAGAAUAUCAGGUGGUCUAUUAUACAGUCACUCCAUAUUAUGAUGACUUAGGAGUUAACUUUACCCUUGACUAUUCCCGCUUUGAGGAAGAGGACAGGAUGAACACUGAGAAUAAAACUGUAACUGAAGCAGGAGACAGGAAAGUCUUCCAGACAAUGAAAGAACUUCCAGACAAUGUCACACAGAAGCCAACAGAAAAAGCCAGUACUCUGACCACUACACCAAAGGAAACACUAUAUACGAAGAACUGGGGCCAAGAAGGAAAAGAAGAUGGCCUCAGAGACAGAGAAGGAUCUACCAAAGAGGAGCCUUCAGCUAAGGAUGUUGCUGGGCCCAUUCUGCAGCAUCACCUCCCACUCCUUCUUCUGCCCUGGGUUCUGCUGAGUUGGAUGUUGCUACUUUAGAAGGAGAGAGAAGACUGCUAUGACUUCUUUAAUCGGGGGUCUGGGAUAGGGAUGCAGAAACUGGAACGGGAGAUAAAGAAUAACUGAACCACAAACAUCAUCUGAUUGUCCUUCCCCUCGGGAUAGCAGCCUAUUGCUUCUUGGGCCAUUGGGGUGGGUAUUGGGAAGGGCAGGAAGGUGAGCUGUGAUUUUCUGUAACCCCUUCACUUUGGAAGGGAAAACAAAUUUCUGUCUGUUACAAUCU